AUGAAAGACACUGGGCAAGUUAUUACAGAUGACCAUAACAAGGGCAAGGGGGGACAUUUGCGGGAGGCGGGGUUUGCAGCAGCUGAACCAGUUGAUGUGCUCAAAGCAUUAGAAUUUCAUAAAUCCCCAGAAGGAAUAUCAAAAACAGCAGGAAUUUGCAUAAACAGAAGGAAUUCCAAAGGAUCAGAUGUUGCCUACAGAGUUUCAAAAAAUGCACAACUCAGUGCCCCAACUAAACAAUUGUACCCAGGUGGAAAAUUUCCUGAAGACUUUUCAGUACUAUUUACAAUAAAACCUAAAAAAGGAGUCCAGUCCUUUCUUUUAUCUAUCUACAAUGAACACGGCAUUCAGCAAGUUGGCAUUGAGGUUGGCAGGUCGCCUAUCUUCUUGUUUGAGGAUCAGAAUGGAAAGCCUGCCCCGGAAGAUUAUCCCAUCUUUAGUACAGUCAAUAUUGCUGAUGGAAAGUGGCAUCGAGUAGCCAUUAGUGUGGAGAAGAAAUCAGUUACCAUGAUCGUGGACUGUAAGAAGAAAACCACAAAACCACUUGACAGAAGCAACCCGGCGGUUGUUGACACCAAUGGCAUUACUGUUUUUGGAACAAGAAUUCUGGAUGAGGAGGUCUUUGAGGGUGAUAUUCAGCAGCUGCUGAUCGUUGGUGAUCCCAGAGCAGCAUAUGAUCACUGCGAGCACUACAGCCCAGACUGUGAUUCUCCUGUGCCCAAUGCUCCCCAAGCUCAAGAACCUCAAGUUGAUGAAUAUGCAACUGAAGAUUUAAUCGAAUAUGACUAUGACUAUGGGGAUCCAGAUUAUAAAGAUUAUAAAGACCUUGAAACUGUAACAGAGGGACCCCCAUUAUACGACGAGACUGUAGCAUACACUGAGGCGAACAUUGUUGAUGAAUAUCAUGAGUAUAAUGUGGCUGAAACUGACUAUGGAACUGAAACUUACCAGACUGCGACUCCUAGUCAAACAACUGGACCAAAUGAGCACAUUCCUGUUGAAGAAGUAUUUACUGAAGAAUACAUAACGGGAGAGGAUUAUAAUUCAAAGAUUAAAAAAACUGAGGAAACAGAUUAUGGAAGCAGAGGCGUAGACCACAGUGAAUCUGAAGUUGUGGUAGAUGGAGAUUUAGGCGAAUAUGAUUUUUAUGAAUAUAAAGAAUAUGAAGAGAAGCCAACCAAUCCUACUAAUGAGGAGUUUGGGCCUGGUGUUCCAGCAGAGACUGAUAUCACAGAAACAACCGUGAAUGGCCAUCAUGUGUAUGGAGAAAAAGGACAGAAAGGAGAAGCAGCUGUCAUUGAACCAGGAAUGCUUAUUGAAGGACCUCCAGGACCUCCAGGACCGCCUGGUCUUAUGGGCCCCUCUGGUAUGCAAGGUCCCAUUGGUCCUCCUGGUGACCCCGGUGAUAGGGGCCCACCAGGACGUGCUGGUCUUCCAGGUGCUGAUGGCUUACCUGGACCCCCGGGUACCAUGUUAAUGUUACCAUUCCGGUUUAGUGGAGGUGGUGAGAAGGGCCCAGCAAUCUCACCUCAGGAGGCUCAAGCUCAAGCUAUUCUUCAACAAGCCAGGAUUGCAAUGAGGGGGCCACCUGGCCCAAUGGGACUUACUGGAAGACCCGGUCCUGUGGGUGGUCCUGGUUCAUCAGGUGCCAAAGGUGACUGUGGAGAUCCAGGACCUCAGGGUCCUCGAGGUAUUCAAGGUCCACCUGGUCUGUCUGGAAAACCUGGCAAAAGAGGUCGUCCUGGUGCAGAUGGAGCCAGAGGAAUGCCAGGAGAGCCAGGUUCCAAGGGUGACAGAGGUUUUGAUGGGCUUCCUGGUCUACCAGGUGACAAAGGACACAGGGGAGAUCGUGGACCACAAGGACCUCCUGGUGCUCCUGGGGAAGAUGGAAUGAGAGGAGAAGAUGGUGAGGUUGGACCAAGAGGCCUUCCAGGUGAAGCUGGUCCACGAGGGUUAUUGGGCCCAAGAGGAACUCCAGGCCCACCAGGACAACCUGGAAUCCCAGGUGUUGAUGGACCACAGGGCCCAAAAGGAAACCUGGGUCCACAAGGGGAACCAGGACCACCUGGACAGCAAGGUAUUCCAGGUCCACAGGGACUUCCAGGUCCACAAGGUCCAAUUGGAGUUCCAGGUGAAAAAGGACCUCAGGGCAAGCCUGGCCUUGCAGGACUUCCGGGUACUGAUGGCCCUCCUGGCCAUCCAGGCAAAGAAGGGCAGUCUGGAGAGAAAGGUGACACGGGGCCUCCAGGUCCUCAGGGUCCAGUUGGCUAUCCUGGUCCCCGUGGUGUAAAGGGUGCUGAUGGUGUCCGAGGGCUGAAGGGCGGCAAAGGCGAAAAGGGUGAAGAUGGUUUCCCUGGAUUUAAAGGUGAUAUGGGCAUUAAGGGUGAUAGAGGUGAAGUUGGUCCUCUUGGGCCUCGAGGAGAAGAUGGCCCUGAAGGUCCCAAAGGUCGUUCAGGUCCUACAGGAGACCCAGGUGGCCCUGGCCAAGCUGGAGAAAAGGGUAAACUUGGUGUUCCCGGUUUGCCAGGAUAUCCAGGAAGACAAGGCCCUAAGGGAUCUACUGGGUUUCCUGGAUUUCCAGGUGCUAAUGGAGAGAAAGGAGCAAGGGGUUUACAUGGCAAACCAGGUCCAAGGGGACAACGAGGACCCACAGGACCACGUGGGUCAAGGGGUGCAAGAGGUCCAACUGGAAAACCUGGCCCAAAGGGCACUGCUGGUGGUGAUGGCCCACCUGGCCCGCCUGGUGAAAGGGGACCACAAGGGCCCCAGGGACCGGUUGGAUUUCCAGGACCAAAGGGACCUCCUGGACCACCUGGAAAGGAUGGCUUGCCUGGGCACCCAGGACAACGGGGAGAAACUGGACCACCUGGAAAGGAUGGCUUGCCUGGGCACCCAGGACAACGGGGAGAAACUGGUUUCCAAGGGAAAACUGGCCCACCUGGCCCUGGUGGUGUUGUUGGACCUCAGGGUCCUACUGGGGAGACUGGUCCAAUUGGUGAAAGAGGUCACCCUGGUCCUCCAGGGCCACCAGGUGAACAGGGUCUUCCUGGUGCUGCAGGGAAAGAAGGUGCUAAGGGUGAUCCUGGUCCUCAAGGCAUUUCUGGAAAAGAUGGGCCUCCGGGACUACGUGGUUUCCCAGGAGAAAGAGGUCUGCCAGGAGCUCAGGGUUCAGCAGGUCUGAAAGGAGGUGAAGGUCCCCAAGGUCCACCUGGUCCAGUUGGUUCCCCUGGUGAACGUGGCCCAGCAGGCACAGCAGGUCCAAUUGGCUUACCAGGGCGUCCUGGCCCUCAGGGUCCCCCGGGUCCUGCAGGAGAAAAGGGAGCUCCGGGUGAAAAAGGUCCUCAAGGACCAGCUGGACGUGAUGGAAUACAGGGGCCUGUUGGUCUUCCUGGCCCUGCAGGACCAGCCGGUUCUCCUGGAGAAGAUGGUGACAAGGGUGAAAUUGGAGAACCGGGUCAAAAAGGGAGUAAAGGUGACAAGGGAGAAAAUGGUCCUCCUGGGCCACCUGGACUCCAAGGUCCCAUUGGUGCUCCCGGAAUAGCGGGAGGUGAUGGAGAGCCUGGUCCAAGAGGACAACAAGGAAUGUUUGGCCAGAAAGGUGAUGAAGGUCCACGAGGCUUCCCUGGUCCUCCAGGACCUAUUGGCCUUCAGGGUCUUCCUGGCCCACCAGGUGAAAAGGGUGAAAAUGGUGAUGUUGGUCCAAUGGGUCCUCCAGGUCCCCCUGGCCCUAGAGGUCCUCAGGGUCCAAGUGGAGCUGAUGGUCCUCAAGGUCCAACGGGUUCAGUUGGCUCAGUUGGAGAAGUUGGUGAUAAG